CUCCCACACACAUUCCCACAUGCUCAGCACACACACACACACACACACACACACACACACACACACACAGACACCACUCACUCUCUUACCCUCUUUUUUCAUUCCUCCUUCCAUCCUUCCGUAUUCCAUCUUUUUUUUUUAUCCCUUCUCCUCUCUCCUGUCCACCUCUCCUUCAAUACCUCUUGCCUCCACUCAUCCAUCCAUCCAUCCUAGCACUCAGUACCCUCCCACACACACUCACCACCCGCUCACUCUCUCCCUCUCACUACCUCUUCCCAGCUGGACCUCAUAAAGUAAAUGGACACAGGGGACAUGUCCAACUAUCAGUCCAACGGAGAGUUUGACCUGGUGGAGUUCACGGCAGCUAAGAACGUCACUUACUGCUCGUGCUGCCCAGAGCCUUACCCGGACAUAACCUUCACCAUCAAGCUCAGGCGGCGACCAAUGUUCUACGUGUUCAGUCUCAUCCUGCCCUGCGUGCUUAUCAAUGGCAAGGCCCUUUUGGUGUUCCACGUGCCGAGCGAUCCGGGGAGAAGGUGACUCAGGGCAUCUCGGCGCUGCUCUCCAUGACUGUCUUCCUCAUGACCAUCAGAGUCCCUGCCGCCAGCUGAGAAGACACCGCUCGUCAGUGAGUACUACGCCUCGCCUCUCACUGCCCUCCCUGUACUGUGCCUUACAAUAUACUGCCUUUCUUGUUCUGUGCCUUAUAAUACACAGCUCCUCUUAGUAAUGCGCCUCACGAUACACUGCCCUCCCUGUACUGUGCCUUACAAUAUUGACUUUCUUGUACUGCGCUUUACCAUUUAUUGUUAUCCCAUCUUGGUCUCGUGGGACUCAACUU